GAACCUGCUUGGGGGUCUGGGUAACAGGAAAGAGGGGGAGAUCAGGAGAAAGAAAGACCAGGAAAAAGAGAGAGAUCCAGGACAGAUCAGGAGAGAGAAAUGGAACUGCAGAGAUGGAAGCGGGAGGUAGAGACAGGACAGAUCCGGUUGGAUGGUGGAGGUGAAAUAGUGAAGGAUACACGAGUUUUACAGGAGGUGACACCAUCCAGCUGCAGCCCAAGCACAUUCACCUGGAGCUGGGACUCAGUUGAGACCCACUCAUUGAUGACAGUGAUGGGGGUUCGUCUGAUCGAGGAGAAAACAAACAAAGCAGCAGAAUCUUCAGAUCGAGCGGCUCCUCCGAAACGGCCCAGGAACUGCCAAGGGAAAGAGAACCACGUGCACAACUUUCUGGUUUCCAAGAGAUUUCGGAAAAGUGCUCAUUCUUCACCAGGUGUAAGCUGUUCCUGGGAAGCGUUACCAGAUGAGCUGCUCUUGGUGAUUUUCCGCUUUCUGUCACUGCCUCACCUUCUGAAAGCCUCAAGUGUUAGUAAACAAUGGCACAGGCUGGCGUUUGAUAAAUCCCUGUGGUACAGUGUGGAUUUGGGCAAAGGGAAUCUGCCCCCUGGGACUGUGGGCCAGGUGCUAGGAGCUGGUGUUGUAGUCUUGAGGAGUCCCUGCUCCUUCCUCGGAGACCCUAUCUUCAAGGAUGAAAGGCCUCUCUGCCUUCAGUACAUGGAUCUCUCACAUUCUGUACUCAGCAGUUCCUCCAUCUUCCAGAUUCUACGCCGUUGUCACCAACUCCGCGGCCUCAGUCUUGAGGCUCUCGCACUUUCUGAUGACAUCAUAAUGGCGAUCGCUGGCAAUAGGGACUUGUUGUGUUUGAAUCUCUCCGGCUGCUCGUGUUUCAGAGCCCAGGCCCUCAGCCAGAUGUUGAGAAGCUGUUCUAGGCUGGAUGAGUUAAAUAUUUCUUGGUGCAGGUUCAGCUCCCAAAACAUCCAGGCAGUGGUCUCACAGAUUCCUGACAGCGUGACCCAGCUCAACAUUAGCGGCUACCGGCGCGGUCUGCACAACUCUGAUGUGGAAGCUCUGUGUAGGCGCUGUCCCCAGAUGACUGACCUGGAUUUGAGUGAUAGCACGAUGCUGACUCCUAGCUGUUUCUCCAGUCUCCAUGGCCUCUAUCACCUCCAGCACCUGGGCUUGAGUAGAUGCCAUGAGAUCCCACCAGCAAGUCUUGUGGCCCUGGGGGAGAUCACUACACUGAAAACUCUGAACAUUUAUGGACUUGUGCGAGACUCCAUGGUCAAUGUGAAGGACCUAAUUCCUCAGAUUAAAAUCAACACCUUUCCACUGACGAGCAUCGGCCGGCCAACACCCAGCUACGGGAAGCUGCAGACAAUCUGGGGAACUAACUGCAAGUUGCGGCUCCAUAAUCUCUGAGCAAUAUCAGUCACUACACACUACACAGCAAGAGGACAUAAGUGGCUGAGAACAUGAAGAGGUUCUGGGCACAGUCACUCCCACAAGCACAUCAUCGGUCAGUGUUGACAAUAAUCACUGCUUUCUGCAUUCAGAGGAGUAGAUCAUUGAUGAAAACCGAGAAACUAUGAGACCACGAGACUGAAAUGAAGCAUUUUUCCAAGGAAGUGAUCAGAUGGUUCACAAUUAGAUUCCAUUGCGGGAAGUGGUGAAUUGUUUGAAUCUGUGUUUUUAAAGUGAGUUAGUGUUUGGAAUGUUCAGUCGGUUAAAAAGAUUCCAGGCAGUUUUAAACAUCACGUCAAAGCUUUCCAUCUUGCACUCAGGACUGAUACGCAAAAAACAAACUAUGAAAGGGAACACAGUGAGAAGUGGGUGCUGAUUGGUGUGGAAAUGCAGCUGUUAAUUGUCAAUCUUAGUGAAAUGAGUCCAAAAGACCAUCCGAAUGUGGCAAAGGUACCAGCUGCAACUUCACAACCUCGGGAAACUGGUUUAAAUUAUUAGGUGCUAACAGUCCAGCCAAUUGGCUGAAAUCAAACUCUGCAACCUGUACUCUCAGGCAGACAGCUAGGAACAGAGCGAACACUGGCAUCCUGUUUACUCCCAGUUUUUAAUGUCUCUGUGCCAUUGCCAUCAGCAUUCUUUUCAGUUCUUUCAGCACCAGCUCCCCCAACCAGAACCCUGCCACCUCUGCCUCUCCAGGGCCCACUGCUUCCAGGAUUUUGGUUUUAUUAUGGAGUCCCACCAUUCACAGUGUUUUGCUUCUGUAUAAAAGCGGUAGGAUCAGUGCUUUAGAAUCACAUCGAGUCCCCCACUGCCACCAACCCAAAGCCAAUGAUUCCUCUCAUUUCUUGUACCAUCUGUAUCCCAAAUCUAGGCAGCAUCAGGAAUAGUGAUUAGGUAUUGUUUGUUUUAUUAAA